CCGGGCCGACCCAGGCUAUAGCUCAGCCCGAGGCCGCGCGGGGCACAGCGGCAGAGCCAGGAGCCAGCGCAUCCUCGUCUCCGCAGCCUCUUCCCCGCCGCCGCCGCCCCCGGGGCAUGGCCUGUCUGAUGGCCGCUUUCUCGGUCGGCACAGCCAUGAAUGCCAGCAGUUACUCCACAGCCAUGACGGAGCCCAAGUCUGUGUGCGUCUCCGUGGACGAGGUGGUCUCCAGCAAUGUAGACGACGCUGAGACCGACCUUCUGAACGGGCAUCUGAAGAAGGUGGACAACAAUCUCACCGAGGCCCAGCGCUUUUCCUCCCUGCCCCGGAGAGCAGCCGUGAACAUCGAAUUCAAAGACCUUUCCUACUCCGUUCCCGAAGGACCCUGGUGGAGAAAGAAAGGAUACAAGACCCUUCUGAAAGGCAUCUCCGGCAAGUUCCACAGUGGAGAGCUGGUGGCCAUCAUGGGGCCCUCUGGGGCUGGGAAAUCCACGCUCAUGAACAUUCUGGCUGGAUACAGGGAGACCGGCAUGAAGGGGGCAGUGCUCAUCAACGGCAUGCCCCGCGACCUGCGCUGCUUCCGGAAGGUGUCCUGUUACAUCAUGCAGGAUGACAUGCUGCUGCCACACCUCACCGUGCAGGAGGCCAUGAUGGUGUCAGCACAUCUGAAGCUACAGGAGAAGGAUGAAGGCAGGAGGGAGAUGGUCAAGGAGAUCCUGACGGCACUUGGCUUGCUGUCCUGUGCCAACACUCGGACGGGGAGCCUGUCGGGCGGCCAGCGGAAGCGCCUGGCCAUCGCACUGGAGCUGGUCAACAACCCUCCAGUCAUGUUCUUCGAUGAGCCCACCAGCGGCCUGGACAGUGCCUCCUGCUUCCAAGUGGUGUCCCUGAUGAAGGGGCUGGCCCAGGGAGGCCGGUCCAUCGUCUGCACCAUCCACCAGCCCAGUGCCAAGCUCUUUGAGCUCUUCGACCAGCUUUACGUCCUAAGUCAAGGACAAUGUGUGUACCGGGGGAAGGUCUCCAACCUGGUGCCCUACUUGAGGGGCUUGGGCCUGAACUGCCCCACCUACCACAACCCGGCAGACUUUGUCAUGGAGGUGGCGUCGGGCGAGUACGGCGAUCAGAACGGCCGCCUGGUGAGAGCAGUGCGCGAGGGCCUGUGCGACUCUGACUACAAGAGAGACCUCGCGGGGGACGGCGAGGUGAACCCCUUCCUCUGGCACCGGCCCCCCGAAGAGGAUUCUGCCUCCAUGGAGGGCUGCCACAGCUUCUCCGCCAGCUGCCUCACCCAGUUCUGCAUCCUCUUCAGAAGGACCUUCCUCAGCAUCAUGAGGGACUCGGUCCUGACGCACCUGCGGAUCACCUCCCACAUCGGGAUCGGCCUCCUCAUUGGCCUGCUCUACCUGGGCAUCGGGAAUGAAGCCAAGAAGGUGUUGAGCAACUCUGGCUUCCUCUUCUUCUCCAUGCUCUUCCUCAUGUUUGCCGCCCUCAUGCCCACCGUUCUGACCUUUCCCCUGGAGAUGGGCGUCUUCCUUCGGGAACACCUGAACUACUGGUACAGCCUGAAGGCCUACUACCUGGCCAAGACCAUGGCCGACGUCCCCUUCCAGGUCAUGUUCCCCGUGGCCUACUGCAGCAUCGUGUACUGGAUGACCUCGCAGCCGUCGGACGCUGUGCGCUUUGUCCUCUUUGCUGCGCUGGGCACCAUGACCUCCCUCGUGGCUCAGUCUCUAGGCCUGCUGAUCGGAGCGGCCUCCACGUCCCUGCAGGUGGCGACGUUCGUGGGUCCUGUGACGGCCAUCCCGGUCCUCCUGUUCUCAGGGUUCUUCGUCAGCUUCGACACCAUCCCGACGUACCUGCAGUGGAUGUCCUACAUCUCCUACGUCAGGUAUGGCUUCGAGGGCGUCAUCCUCUCCAUCUACGGGCUGGACCGAGAGGACCUGCACUGCGACAUCGACGAGACCUGCCACUUCCAGAAGUCGGAGGCCAUCUUGCGCGAGCUGGACGUGGAGAACGCCAAGCUGUACCUGGACUUCAUCGUCCUUGGGGUUUUCUUCAUCUCCCUGCGCCUCAUCGCCUAUUUUGUCCUGCGGUACAAGAUCCAGGCAGAGAGGUAAAAGCCCCGGACGGCUGCAAGGAGCGAAUGAGACAUGUGCCCAAGGGCCCCCAAGUCGCCGCGCGGCCUGUGCCCGAGACGAGACUGGAGACCAUGCGGCUGGAGGGCUCUGAGUUUGCUCCUCCACCGGCUGGGUCGGUUCUUCUCUCCAUCACCUUUUCUAGCUGUAACUAGGAAGAUGUAGAAAGGUUCGUUUUUUACACACAGGAUUUAAAACCGCCACAGCUGGUGACAAGGGGCUCCCGCGGUAAGGCUCUUCCUGAGGCCCCGUGACGCUGCUCCUCCCUGAGGUUGCCUGGGAGCUGGAUGUCCUGGGGCAGGAAGUGCGCGGGCAGGACCCCACAUUAGGACUGCGGUUUCUCAAGGUCAUCUUCCUGAGGUUUGUCUCUUCUCCAUCCAUCAGAGUCACUUUUCCGGCCAAAAGUUGAUAAAUUGCAUUCAUUUUAAGAAACCGUAUCUUUUUAGCACUUGCUGAGGACUUACCCAGGGUAAAUUCCACGCUCUGUGUAGAGGGACAGGGGUUCCGCCUGAUGCCAGAGUGGGUCCGUGAAAGGUCCAGGUGCCACUGCAGGAGGAGUGGCUCCACACCACCCCACUCCCCAGGCAGCACUGCCCAGCUGACCACAGCUGCAGGACCAAGUGGCCACCUCUUGCAAGCCCUUUUCAUUCCCAUGUGCUUCUUAUUUUAAGCAGACUACAUUGUUUCUUCCUAACUUUCUGACCACCUUCAUUUUUCCUAAAAAAGAAGAUAACCCCUGUUGAUUUCUAAAGAGGUCUCCUCCUGGCUCCUCUCCCACACCAUCUACCUCCGCAGAACCUGGGAAGCUGAGCUUAGGGGAGUUGCAGCUGUGGCCUGGGGAGAUGAGUCAGCUGGAGCAGCUGGUGAGGGGACAGCUGGACCAGAGGUGCCAUGAGACCCUUCUUUUUCCAGAACACCUGUGCUAGAGCCCUCUCCUGUGAAGGCUGUGUUUUGCGUGGGCAGGUCGCUAACCUCUCUGAGCCAGUGUCCUCGCCUGUAAACAAUUGCACUAGACCAUGCGCAAGGUACCUUCCCGCUCCAGAAGGUUCUGAGGUCCCUCGCUCGUGGCCCCAAAGCUUUCGUUCCCUGCUGGUAGAGAAUGGAACGUGUCUGGAUUUUACUUCCAUGUGCAUCUGGUUGGAAAAUGCUUAGAGAGUCUUUUUAUUUUUUUCACUCCUGGAUCUUUUUUAGUAAAUCCAAUUGAAAUGCAAGUAAAGUGUAGUUUUAAGUUUGCUUGUUCUAUACAGAUAUGGCCUUCUAGAUUCAGUUUGGAACCAGGGUCAAACUUUGCCUUUAUAAAAGUCUUCAUUUGAUUUCAA